AUGGCGAAGCAGAGCUUCAACCUGAUCACAAACUACCACUCCACCCCCCACGACUACGGCGGGCGAGAUGUCCUAGGCGGUCAUCCCGGUCUCCAGCUCUGGGUGCGCAGCGCCCUCGUGCACGAAGAGGGUGAAGAAGGAGAGCUAGUGCCUUCAGCAGAAAUCGUGUCCGAGCGCGACGACAUCUUGUACGGCAGCUUCAGAAUCGCGAUGAAGACUUCGUCCGUCAACGGGACGUGCGCGGCAUUCUACUUCUACCGCAACGACUCGCAGGAACUGGACGUGGAAGUCUUAUCGGCAGAGCAGGUCGGUGGGAAGGGGAAGGGCGAGGGCUGGCCCGUUCAUCUGGUCGUGCAGAACACUACCGUGGAUCUGCAAGGGGACGAGGCGGUGGAAGGGUCGAAGCAGAUGGUGUGGAGGCUGGAGUCGGCGCCGAGUGAGGACUAUAAUGAGUAUCGGUUUGACUGGCUGCCGGGGAGGGUGGAGUAUUACUUGAAUGGGGGGAUGGUCUGGAGCACGGGGGAGAAUGUGCCGAGUAGUGCUGGGAGGGUGCAUAUUUCGCAUUGGUCAAACGGUAACCCCUUCUGGUCCCACGGCCCACCCCUCUCCGACGCGGUGAUGACAGUCAGCUACGUGAAAGCCUACUUCAACUCCACCAACUCCACUCGCAACUCCAUCUACCAGUCCUUCUGUCCUCCUGGCAAGGCAAGUAGCUCCGGCAAGACCUGCGAGGUACCGACCCAGUCCGUCGCACCGAAUGCCUUCGGCAACAACGGGAAUACUACUGGCCGAACAUUCUUCUUCACGCACCACCCGGAUAUGGUCGUCAAUCAAACGGUCUAUGAUCCAGCGGCUACGGAGAAUGCGGCGAGCAGUCGGCGUUGGGAGCUGGCUUCGAUCUGGCUGUUCGUUUUGCCUUGGAUCUUUGUGUACGAUUCGAGCUUCGUCUCGGUGCUUUAG